AUGGAAAAUUUAAAUACAACAAGUACGGCAGCAUUAACUGGUAUGACAAAACAAGAGAAUGAUGCAUCAUAUGCAGUUCUAUUGAUUGCAGAUUUUACAUCAAUAAUUGGUUGUACAUUAGUUUUAUUAGGUUUUUGGAGAUUAAAAUUACUUCGUAAUCAUAUUACAAAAAUAAUUACCUUUUUUUGUUCAACAUCAUUAGCCAAAGAUUUAAUAUCAACAAUUUUAACAUUGAUUGAAAAGAAACAAUCAAAUGGGUCAUUCCAAUGUUACCUUUACGCAACUGUUAUCACUUAUGGUUCAUUGGCAUGUUGGCUUUGGACAUUAUGUUUAUCAUUUAGUAUUUAUAAUUUAAUUGUAAAGAGAGAACCAGAGCCAGAGAAAUUUGAAAAAUAUUAUCAUGUUUUUUGUUGGGUUGUACCAUUUAUAAUGUCAGUGAUAAUGUUGUCAAAGGGUGUUAUAGAGGUGACGGGUAAUUGGUGUUGGAUUGGUAACACUUAUGUUGGGUAUAGAUUUGGCUUGUUUUACGGACCAUUUCUUGCAAUUUGGUUCCUUGCUGCCGUGUUGGUUGGUUUGACUUCGAGGUAUACCUAUAAGGUGAUUAGAAGUAGUGUUAGUGAUAAUAAGGAUAGACAUAUGACCUACCAAUUCAAGUUAAUCAAUUAUAUAAUUGUUUUCCUUUUAUGUUGGGUGUUUGCUGUUAUUAAUCGUAUUGUCAAUGGCUUGAAUAUGUUUCCAGCUUGGGUUAGUAUUCUUCACACCUAUCUAAGUGUAUCGCAUGGUUUCUAUGCUUCGGUGACUUUUAUCUAUAAUAAUCCAUUGAUGUGGAGAUAUUUAGCAUCAAUAAUUUUAAUUCCAUUCACAAAGUUUGGUUAUUUUGUUGAAACUCAACAAAGAUUAGAAAAAAAUAAAAAUAAUAAUAAUCAUUCACCAGUUGGGUUAUCAAAUAAUGCUCAAAAUAAUAAUCAUCAUCAUAAUCAUAAUAAUAAUCACAAUAAUAAUCAUAAUAAUCAUAAUAACAAUAAUAAUAACAAUAAUAGUGAUUUCGUUAAUAAUGACUCAAGUAAUUAUUAUACUGCUUCAAUGAUUGAAUCAUUCUCUGUUCAAAAUGAAAAUUCAAAAUCUAUAAAUGGUGCUGAUAAUUUUAAACAAAAUGGUGCAAGUCAACAAGAUGAUAAAGAUUCUCCAAAUAGUAAUAAUAAUAAUAAUAAUAAUAAUAAUAACAAUAAUAAUAAUAAUAAUAAUAAUAAUAAUAAUAAUAAUAAUAAUAAUUAUAAUAAUAAAGAUAUUGAACCAAUUGACAAUUGUAAUACUAAUUCCAUACCAAUGGAUAAUAUUGCCACUAGAAUUGAAAUACCUCCACAACAUCCAACAUUAACUCCUCAACAAUCAUUACAAGAAAUUAAUUUAAAUGAUGACGACAACAAAAUUAAUACUCACCAAAGUAACAAAAAAAAAGAUUCAAAUGUUUAA